GUUGAAGUCCCGAGAAUCGUCCUCAAAGAUCUGUGUGUUAUAGUUACAUCUUUUGCUUUGAUUUUAUGAAAUUACUUGUUGGUUGCUUAUUGUUAUUCCAAUGUCAGACUAUCUCUAAUCGAAGGCAAGAAAGAGGUUCUGUAAGUUUGUUUUAUGGCCUACAAGUUGUUCGAUUAAAUGUCUGAGUGAAAUCAAGAAAAUGAGAUAUGCAUAUACAUUCACUCUUGGUGUUUUGUAUUCUCUUUUGCUAAUUGUGAGUUUUUUUUAACGAAACUGAUAAAAGAAGUUGUCGUUUCGUCAGGAGGAAGCCAUGAAAGUCAAGCUCUUGCUGCUACUAUGUCUCCUUGGCUUCGAAAAACAGAAUGGCAUGCAGUUGCAUCAUGGACAUGGGAUGCUCAAGAUGAGACAUGUGGAAUAUGUCGUAUGCCAUUUGACGGUUGUUGUCCUGACUGCAAACUCCCUGGAGAUGACUGCCCUCUAAUUUGGGGAGCUUGCAACCACUCUUUUCAUCUCCAUUGUAUAUUGAAAUGGGUUAAUUCACAGACGAGCCAAGCUCAUUGCCCUAUGUGCCGUAGAGAAUGGCAAUUCAAAGAGUAAUAAGGAGUGGAGAGAGAUGGGCAUUUGUGUUGUGUGCCUUGAUUAGAUCUAUCUAUCUUUGGUUUCCCUCUUUAGAGAUGUUUUGGAUCCAUUGUUCCGAAUUUAGUACGACCACACAUAUCCCCAUUUGGAACCUUGGUCACGUGACGUGAGAGACUGAGACGAGGUAAAUCUAAACUAUCAAAGUGUUGUUUACGUGUCGAGUACGUUAGGUUUUGUGGUGGUCACCGUCAAGUUUGGAAACUUUUUUUUUUUAAUAAGAAAAGGGCAUUCGCCAAAUUUGAAAACUUAAA